CUCUGAGCCCUAAAGAAGAAGUGCACUCUGGCUGCAGCACACAGCGUGGGCAGACAUGCCCCUGUUAGCCGGUGACCAGAGGCUGGAUGUGUCCUUGUCUGCCGCCCGGAUAGUGCAGCUGCACUCCCAUCUGCAGGAUCGAGCUAAAUCUUUAACUAAUCAACCGACACAAACAUUUGGACCCAAAGGAUUUCUUUAUGUGCAGCAAAGAGAAUUUGCAGUGACCACACCCAGCGACAGCUCUGUUAGCAUCCUUGGAACUGAUGAUGCCACAACGUGCCACCUCUUGGUACUUCGGCACACAGGAAGUGGGGCCACGUGCUUAGCUCACUGUGAUGGGUCAGAUACUGAAAGGGAGGUGCGUGACAUUCUCUGUGCAGUCAAGUCCUUAUCACAAGACUCUAAAGAGGGCAGGCUGGAAUUACACAUUGUUGGAGGCUUUCUUGACAAAAAGCGAUUAUCACAGAGACUUUGCAACGAGAUUCUUAGAGCAUUUGACAAGCAGAAAGAUGAAGUUCACUUAGCAACGUAUUGUGUGUCAGAUUUAAACAAUAAGGAAGAGAAUGGAAUUCACUUUCCAAUAAUUUAUGGUAUAGCUGUAAACGUUAAAACAGGUGAGAUUUUUAAGGCAACGUUUCAAGAUCGAGGACCAGACGAAGAUUUAAGAUCAACUUACAUUUUAACAGGAGGAUCGAUGACUAAUAUUUACGAUGCAAAAACUGAGCAACUACGUUUUGGACCAUAUUACUGGACACCUUUGCCAAAUAUUGAUUUCUGGCUGGAACAAGACGAUGAGCAAAUCUUACAGUAUUUUUCCACUUCUCCGGAAGCUGAACCCUCGCACUUUGUCGCUCAUGUUAAAUCUACUUUCAAGUUUGUGAAAGACAAUCCUUACCCAGCAGACUCUGUUUUUCCUGAUGACAGACCCCGCGUCUACAGGAAAAACGCAGACGGUUUAUGGGAGCGAAUUCUCCAUGAUAGUAUAUAAGAGAGACAAAGACCUGGCAUAUUGAUUUGGAUGUGCCAAUCUUACUUAAACUAUUUUUUUGCAUAUGUAAAUAUCUGCUUUAACCUAAAUAUUAACGUGAAUAUGGACCAUGGUGCUUUAAUACUAUGCAAUUCCUUUCCUAUACCCUUAUGAUGGCAUUCUCUUGUUGCUGAAGUUCAUAUGGACACUGUAACUUCUUUUGGACAUUACUUUGAUACUUGUAAACAUGUUACUAUAUCCCAGUGUACAAUUCCUUUAUCUUGUGUUUUAUUCAGUAAUAAAAUCUUGUGAUUUUUGCCGUGACAUUAACAUUAUAUAA